UAGAUACCUUAUCUUUGUAGUUGGGGCAGAAAUACAGAAUUGCUCCAUGUUCAAUAAUGACUUCACUUCUCAUCCUCCUCCUAUUCCUCCUCCCAGCCUUUCUCUUGCUUCUUCACAGGCAUAGAAAAACUAACAGAGCUAGUGUCCAUUUGCCACCUGGUCCCAAAGGUCUUCCUUUAGUUGGUAAUUUACACCAGCUUGAUAGCUCAAAACCUCAAUACUCUCUUUGGAAACUCUCCAAACAAUAUGGUCCUCUUAUGUCUUUGCGCCUUGGUUUUGUGCCAACCCUAAUAGUGUCCUCUGCAAAAAUGGCAAAAGAGGUCUUCAAAACGCAUGAUAUUGAGUUUGCUAGUAGACGUAACUGGACUGGCCCGCAAAUGUUAUCUUAUAAUUGCUUAGAUGUGGCUUUUGCACCAUAUAGUGAUUACUGGAGAGAGAUGAGAAAAAUAUGUGUCAUUCAUCUUUUUAGUUCUGUGAAAUCCCAGUCUUUUCGACCCGUUCGUGAAGGCGAGGUUUCUCUCAUGAUUGAAAAGAUAUCUAAAUUAUCAGUGGAUUCUCAAUGCUUCAACUUAACUGAGCUAAUGAUAUCUUUUACAAGCUGUAUUAUUUGCAGAGUUGCUUUUGGCAAGAGGUACGAGGACGGAGGAAUUGAAAGAAGCAGAUUUCAUGCACUUCUUAAUGAAAUUCAAGCCAUGUUUGUAGGCUUCUUUUUUUCAGAUUAUUUCCCUUUUAUGGGAUGGCUUGAUAAACUCACGGGAAUGGUCGGUCGCCUCAAAAAGAACUUCACGGAUUUUGAUACGUUCUACCAAGAACUUAUCGACGACCAUCUAGAUCCAAAUAGACCAAAAACUGCGCAAGAAGAUCUAAUUGAUGUUUUACUUCAAAUUCGAAAGGAUCGCGGAUUUAAAUUUGAUCUUACUUUGAAUCACAUCAAAGCACUGCUCAUGAAUGUAUUUGUUGGUGGCUCAGACACGAGUGCAGUUACCGUAGUUUGGGCCAUGACCUAUCUAAUGAAGAACCCUGGAGCGAUGAAGAAAGGUCAAGAAGAAAUUAGAUCAAUAAUCGGAAGUAAAGGUUUUGUAGAUGAAGAUGAUUGUCAGAAUCUCCCUUAUCUUAAAGCCAUAGUGAAGGAGACAACGAGAUUGCAACCAACGCUUCCGUUACUAGUCCCAAGAGAAACAACCGAGAAGUGCAUCAUAGAGGGAUAUGAAAUACCAGCUAAAACACUUGUUUAUGUGAAUGCAUGGGCAAUGGGAAGGGAUCCUGAAAUUUGGAAGAAUCCUGAAGAAUUUAAUCCUGAUAGAUUCAUUGGCAGUUGUAUUGAUUUGAAAGGACAGCAUUAUGAACUAAUACCAUUUGGUGCUGGGCGAAGAGUUUGUCCAGGGAUAUUCAUGGGACUUGCGACUGUGGAGCUUUCACUCGCUAAUCUUCUUUACAAGUUCAAUUGGGCAUUGCCGGAGGGAAUGAAUAAGGAAGACUUGGAUUUUGAUUGUUUACCCGGUCUUGCCAUGCACAAGAAGAAUGCUCUUCGGCUAAUGGCUACAAACCAUUAUGAUAUGCACGCAAAUUAAGGCACAAAAAUUAUUGAAUUUCUGUUGUGUAAUUUCCUAAUCGUAUAAUUGUUGUUUACUAUAUUAAUCGUGCUUUUUAUUUUGGUUU